AAUUAUUCUAUUCUGUAUCACUUCACUAUUCUCAUAUAUUUCCCCCCCCCCCACCACCCCUUUUUUCUCUUUUCUACUGUUCUUCCCCUUUUAACUUGAACGCUACUCUGUAUAUAACCCACCGAGCUAUUCGAUUCUAGAUCCAUUCAAUUUGCCUCUUUUCUAUAUCAGGAGCACCGCCUCCUAUUCCGCCCCCUUGGUUCCCGUACCACGGUUCAUGCCAACGGCUGGCAGCAUUAAACAGUCAAUUCCAUCUGUCGGUCGUAGUGAGAAAGAAGUCUAACGACUACUCACGACAGACUGAUUGUUUCAGAUAAAUCCGAAUCUCAAACAUGGCUUCCGUUACGUCACUGGAUAAGGAUUUGCGCAGUCUGCGACUGUCCCGCUAUACCCCGCAGGCUGCCGCAGAAGUCCGCAACUGGGUUGAAGAAGUCCUCCAUGAAAGACUACCAGCAGGAGAUCUUCUAGAUGCGCUCAAAGAUGGCGUCGCACUGUGCCGGCUGGUCAACCUUGCCGUUUCCCCCGGCGUCAAGUAUAAGCAGUCAUCGAUGCCCUUCGUGCAAAUGGAAAACAUCUCACACUUCCUUCGCGCGUGUCAAAUCCCACCCCUGAGCCUUCCUCCGCAUGAUGUUUUCCUCACUGUCGACCUUUAUGAGGCCAAGGAUCCAGCACAGGUACUGCAGUGUCUGGUGGCCUUCAGUAGAAGAGCUAAUGCUCUCCAACCCGGCAAAUUCCCCCGUUCGAUUGGUCCUCAAAGCAAAGUGGGUGCUUUAAGCCCCAAUGCGACCGGUUCCAGUCAAGGUGCCCAUACACCAUCUCGGCCACGGGGACUCAGUAAUGCAAACUCCAGCGCCUCUGGAUACUCAAGCCCGGCCAAAUCUCCAGGCCCGGUGAGCAGUUGGAGCAAAAGAACGGAUGAGCAUACGACGAUGCCAGCUUGGAACAUCCACCAAUACGGCUAUAUGGGCGGCGCCAGUCAAGCCAACCAAGGUGUGGCGUUUGGUGCUCGACGACAGAUCACGACCGCGGCACCAAAUGUACCGAGUCUGGCCGAAAAGGAGAAGCGCAGACGUGAAGAAGAAGAACGCCUGCGCUUGGAGUUCGAGGAGUCAGAGCGCAGACGUCAACAAGAGCGAGAGGCAGAAGAAGCGCGUGCGCGAGCAGAAGAGGAGCGUCGAUGGGAGGAGGAAACUGCCCGUCUAAAGGAACAAGAGCGACGCAAGCUUGAGGAAGAGCGAAAGAAAUGGAACGAUCAACAGCGACAGUGGGAAGAGGAGGAGCAGCAGCGUCAGCGCGAGGAAAGAGAAGCCGAUGAGAGGCUGGAGAAGGAGAGGUUGCGCCGUCGGGAAGCCAAUGAUACCCGCCUGAAUGGACAGUUCCUCAGUCAAUACCAAGCGAGUCAAGCUGGACCGGACCAAGCCCCCGCCGAAUCCUCAGAAAGCCGGCGCAUAAAGGAACUCGAGCGAGAGUUAGAGACCGCAAAGCAAAGGGAAGCGGAAUAUCAGCGCGAGCGUCAGGAGCUGCAAGUAAAACAAGCCGUACCUGCUGCGACUCGUGCACCUCGCCCAGUACCUGUGCCUCCUAAGCCGAGCUACGAUCUGUCCUCGCUCGAGUCAGAACGCCGUCUACUUCGCACGGAAUGGAACAAACAUCAAAACGAAGAACCAAUUGCUGAAUCGGUCAGCCCCCUUCCGUCCCUACCACCCCGGCCACUCCCAGAGCCGGCCGCUACUUCACCUCGGCCCCUUCCGGACCCAACGCUCUAUGCCUCGAAACCCACGAAUCAAGAAAGUCGCGUAGACCGUUUCCUUGCAUCCAAUCGACCUCCCGUUGCACCAAAGCCGGCCACUCAUCGCCCACAAGACUACACAACGACUGCCGAGGUCGACGCAGAAAAUAGCCGCCGUGCAGCAGCACAGCAAAAGACCAAAGCGGGCGGAUGGGCUUCCAAGUCGUUGCUCGAACGUGAAAUGGAGCGCGAGCGCGAGCGCCAGCGUGAGUGGGAGGAGAACCAAAAGCAAACGCAACAGGCCGCUGCCAAAGGCAUGAAAGAUGGUAGUAUCGGCGUUGGACCGGGACAAGGAGCCUGGGAUGUGCACCAAUACGGCUUUAUGGGUGGUGACAACCAGAACCGGGGCGGUCCUGGCCUGGGAGUUGGAGGCGCAAGGAGACAGAUCAUUGGCCCUCGUCCUCCUCCGUGAUCAGAUAUGUUGAAGUCCGGGUAGUGGUGUUCUAGUCAAAUCUUUUAUACCUAUUUGUGUUUGCCCGAUGAUGGCGGUUAUUCGUGUUUUAGAGUUUGAUUUGAAAUAUUGUACCAAGAGCUUGGUGGCUAGCUGUAGAAAAAUCAUAAGCAAUUUGAAUAA